AACUGUUAUAUGGCUCAUGGAAAUUUCACUCAGGUCACUGAGUUUAUUCUCACAGGAGUCUCAGAACGUCCGGACCUCCAGAUCCCACUCUUCUUUGUCUUCCUGAUCAUCUAUGGACUGACCAUGACAGGAAACCUAAGCAUCAUCACCCUCACCAGUGUGGACUCUCACCUUCAGACCCCCAUGUAUUUCUUCCUCCAGCACUUGGCUAUCAUCAAUCUUGGCAAUUCAACUGUCAUUGCCCCUAAAAUGCUGAUCAAUUUCUUAGUAAAGAAACACUCCACCUCCUACUAUGAAUGUGCCACCCAACUGGGAGGGUUCUUGGUUUUCAUUGUAGCUGAGGUGCUCCUGUUAGCUGUGAUGGCCUAUGACUGCUAUGUGGCCAUUUGUAACCCUCUGCUCUACAUGGCAGUUGUAUCUCGGCGGAUCUGUCUUCUGCUGGUUUCUCUCACAUACCUCUAUAGCUUUUCCACAGCUAUUGUGACCUCAUCUUCUGUAUUCUCUGUGACUUAUUGCUCUUGCAAUAUCAUCAAUCAUUUUUAUUGUGAUAUCGCCCCUCUGCUAGCAUUGUCCUGCUUUGAUACUUCCUUUCUGGAAACAUUUGUGUUUAUAUCUGCAGCUACAAAUCUGGUGUUUUCCAUAAUUAUAGUUAUUGUAUCUUAUUUCAACAUUGUUUUGUCCAUUCUCAAAAUACGUUCAUCAGAAGGAAGGAAAAAAGCCUUUUCCACCUGUGCAUCGCAUAUGAUGGCAGUAUCUGUCUUCUACAGCACAAUGAUAUUCAUGUAUGCGCAGCCUCAAACUAACCAUUCUAUGGAUACUGAUAAAGUGGCCUCCGUGUUUUAUACUCUGGUGAUUCCCAUGCUGAACCCCAUGAUCUACAGCCUGAGGAACAAGGACGUGGAGACUGCCCUAAAGAGAUUUCUGACAAAUUCACACUGUUCUUUUAAGCUGAUGUAA